CGCCGUGCUGCUGCGCCUGACCCUCUGCAGCGCCGUGCUCCCCGCUCACAGCUCCAGUGCUCACCCCUCUUCUCUCACUCCUUCUCUCUAGUCUCUCUCUCCUUCUCUCUCUCUGAGGGCGGUGUCGGAAGCCACUGUAGCUGACGCCUGCGGCUCAGGCUCUGCCCAUGCUCUUUAAGCAGACAGAGCUAUGGAUGCCCCAUCAGGGCAAACCCGACAAAGGCGAGCCCCCCGUGGCCCUGGGCCUGUCCACCCGAAAGGCCCUCAGCACCCUGAAGGAGCAGCUGGAGGCCGUGCUGGAAGGACACCUCAGGGAGCGGAAGAAAUGUCUCACGUGGAAGGAGGCGUGGAGAGGCAGGGGGGCCAGCCUGCCGGGAGCCACGGGGUGGAGCUGGUGAAUGCCUUGGCCUUGUUCCUGCUGCUGCUGCUCAACCUCGUCCUCAUCGGGCGGCAGGACCGGCUGAAGCGGCGGGAGGUGGAACGGAGGCUCCGAGGGAUCAUCGACCAGAUCCAAGAUGCCCUCAGGGAGGGCAAGGAGGUCAGGUGGCCAGACGCCAUGUACCCAGACCUCCACAUGCCCUUCGCACCAUCCUGGUCCCUGCACUGGGCCUACAGAGAUGGACACCUGGUCAACCUGCCCGUUAGCCUGUUGGUGGAAGGAGACAUCAUUGCUCUGAGGCCUGGCCAGGAAUCUUUCGCUUCUCUGAGGGGAAUCAAGGAUGAUGAGCAUAUUGUCUUGGAGCCGGGAGACCUGUUCCCCCCUUUCUCUCCACCCCCCUCGCCGCGGGGAGAAGUGAAGAAAGGCCCACAGAACCCCCAGCAGCACCGGCUCUUCCGUGUCCUCGAGACCCCUGUGAUUGACAACAUCAGGUGGUGCCUGGACAUGGCCCUGGCCCGCCCGGUCACUGCGCUGGACAACGAGAGGUUCACGGUGCAGUCUGUGAUGCUGCACUACGCUGUGCCCGUGGUCCUGGCUGGCUUUCUCAUCACCAACGCCUUGCGCUUCAUGUUCAGUGCCCCCGGGGUCACCUCCUGGCAGUACACCCUGCUCCAGCUGCAGGUGAACGGCGUCCUGCCCAUCCUCCCCCUGCUCUUUCCAGUCCUCUGGGUUCUGGCAACCGCCUGCGGAGAAGCCCGUGUCCUGGCCCAGAUGAGCAAGGCCUCGCCCAGCUCUCUGUUGGCCAAGUUCUCGGAGGACACUCUUAGCAGCUACACAGAGGCCGUCUCCUCUCAGGAAAUGCUGCGCUGCAUCUGGGGCCACUUCCUGAGGGUGAUCCAAGGGACCUCACCGACGCUUAGCCACAGCUCCAGCCUGCUGCACAGCCUGGGCUCCGUCACGGUCCUGUGCUGUGUAGACAAACAGGGGAUCCUGUCUUGGCCAAACCCCAGCCCAGAGACCGUGCUGUUCUUCAGUGGGAAGGUGGAGCCCCCCCACAGCAGCCACGAGGAUCUGACGGAUGACCUGUCCACCCGCUCCUUCUGCCACCCCGAGGUAGAGGAGGAGCCCCACGAACGAGAUGCCCUCCUAGCCGGCCCCCUGAACAAUACCCUGCACCCUUUGAAUGAGCAGGAGUGUGGUGACUGGCCUGGUGACAGCUCCAAGCACCCCGAGCCCUACUCUCACCACAAAGCACACGGCCGCAGCAAACACCCGUCCGGCUCCAGCGUGAGCUUUAGCAGGGACACUGAAGGCGGUGAAGAGCCAGGCAAGCCCCAGCCUGGGACGGAGGGUGAGCCCUACGAGGCGGAGGACUUUGUGUGCGACUACCACCUGGAGAUGCUGAGCCUGUCCCAGGACCAGCAGAACCCCUCCUGCAUCCAGUUCGACGACUCCAACUGGCAGCUCCACCUCACCUCGCUCAAGCCCCUGGGCCUCAACGUGCUGUUGAACCUGUGCAGCGCCAGCGUCACGGAGCGCCUGUGCCGGUUCUCAGACCACCUGCGCAACAUCGCCCUGCAGGAGAGCCACAGCGCCGUACUGCCCGUGCACGUGCCCUGGGGGCUCUGCGAGCUCGCCCGUCUCAUCGGCUUCACUCCUGGGGCCAAGGAGCUCUUCAAGCAGCAGAACCACCUUGCUCUGUACCGCCUCCCCAGUGCAGAGACGAUGAAGGAGACCUCGCUGGGGCGGCUGUCCUGUGUCACCAAGCGGCGCCCUCCCCUCAGCCAUAUGAUCAGCCUCUUCACCAAGGACACCACCACCAGCACAGAACAGAUGCUGUCCCAUGGCACGGCCGACGUGGUCUUGGAGGCCUGCACGGAUUUCUGGGACGGAGCUGACAUCUACCCUCUUUCCGGUUCUGACCGAAAGAAAGUGCUGGAUUUCUACCAGCGAGCCUGCCUGUCUGGUUACUGCUCCGCCUUUGCCUACAAGCCCAUGACGUGCUCCCUGUCCUCUCAGCUCAAUGGCAAGUGCAUCGAGCUGGUGCAGGUGCCCGGUCAGAGCAGCAUCUUCACUACCUGCGAGCUGCCCAGCACCGUCCCCAUCAAGCAGAACACCCGGCACAACAGCUGGAGCUCUGAUGAAGGGAUCGGGGAGGUGCUGGAGAAGGAAGACUGCCUGCAGGCCCUGAGUGGCCAGAUCUUCAUGGGUGUGGUGUCCUCCCAGUACCAGGCCCGGCUGGACAUCGUGCGCCUCAUCGACGGGCUGGUCAACGCCUGCAUCCGCUUCGUCUACUUCUCUCUAGAGGACGAGCUCAAAAGCAAGGUGUUUGCAGAGAAGAUGGGCCUGGAGACGGGUUGGAACUGCCACAUCUCCCUCACGCCCAAUGGCGACAUGCCCGGCUCCGAGAUCCCCCCCUCCAGCCCCAGCCACGCAGGCUCACUGCACGAUGACCUGAAUCAGGUGUCCCGAGAUGAUGCGGAAGGGCUCCUGCUCAUGGAGGAAGAGGGUCACUCAGACCUCAUCAGCUUCCAGCCAACGGACAGUGACAUCCCCAGCUUCCUGGAGGACUGCAACCGGGCCAAGCUGCCCCGGGGCAUCCACCAGGUGCGGCCCCACCUGCAGAACAUCGACAACGUGCCCUUGCUGGUGCCCCUCUUCACCGACUGUACCCCUGAGACCAUGUGUGAGAUGAUAAAGAUCAUGCAGGAGUACGGCGAGGUGACCUGCUGCCUGGGCAGCUCUGCCAACCUGCGCAACAGCUGCCUCUUCCUCCAGAGCGACAUCAGCAUUGCCCUGGAUCCCCUGUACCCAUCUCGGUGCUCCUGGGAGACCUUUGGCUACGCCACCAGCACCAGCAUGGCCCAGGCCUCGGAUGGCCUUUCUCCCCUGCAGCUGUCGGGGCAGCUCAACAGCCUGCCCUGCUCGCUGACCUUCCGCCAGGAGGAGACCAUCAGCAUCAUCCGGCUCAUCGAGCAGGCUCGGCACGCCACCUACGGCAUCCGGAAGUGCUUCCUUUUCCUGCUGCAGUGCCAGCUGACGCUCGUGGUCAUCCAGUUCCUGUCUUGCCUGGUCCAGCUGCCCCCACUCCUGAGCACCACCGACAUCCUGUGGCUCUCAUGCUUCUGCUACCCUCUGCUCAGCAUCUCUCUGCUGGGGAAGCCCCCCCACAGUUCCAUCAUGUCUAUGGCAACAGGGAAGAACCUUCAGUCCAUUCCCAAGAAGACUCAGCACUACUUCCUGCUCUGCUUCUUGCUCAAGUUCAGCCUCACCAUCAGCUCCUGCCUCAUCUGUUUCGGCUUCACGCUGCAGAGCUUCUGCGACAGCUCCCGGAACGGCAACCUCACCAACUGCUCCUCCAUCCUGCUGCACAGCAAUGACGACAGAGCUCCAGCCUGGUUUGAGGACUUUGCCAACGGGCUGCUGUCGGCUCAGAAGCUCACCGCUGCCUUGAUUGUCCUGCACACAGUCUUCAUUUCCAUCACGCACGUGCAUCGUACCAAGCCCCUGUGGAGAAAGAGCCCCUUGACGAACCUCUGGUGGGCCGUGACGGUGCCGGUGGUGCUGCUGGGCCAAGUGGUCCAGACGGUGGUGGACUUGCAGCUGUGGACGCACAGGGCCAGCCGUGUCCACUUUGGCCUGGAGGAUGUGCCCCUGCUGACGUGGCUCCUGGGCUGCCUGUCCCUGGUCCUCGUGGUGGUCACCAACGAGAUCGUAAAGCUGCACGAAAUUCGGGUCCGUGUGCGCUACCAGAAGCGACAGAAGCUGCAAUUUGAAACCAAGCUGGGCAUGAACUCUCCCUUCUGAGCCAUUGAUUGGCCUUGGUUUGCCCUGGGCUAAGGCCAGAGCCAUUGAGUCUGGGGUGUUGGCGUUUUGAAUGUUCGGGGUCUGCCCUUGCACCCUAUGGCAUCAAAGGCCAUCUUUGAUGGCAGCUCCGCCGUCUUCCUGGCCUAGGGCUAACUGUGGGCAGUUCUGUCUGUCCAGACAGCCUGGCUGUCCCCGGCCUAUCCAGGGGCACUCUUGAAUGUAUGACCUCAGGCGCGUAAGGAGGAGCCAGGUGCCCCCGCCGUGGGCUGCCCCCCCGGGGGCCCCAUAGCCCAGUGCCUCUGAUCCGGGUCUACAGCAGUCUGGAAGCGCGGGGCAAGGGCCUCAGCCUUUUUUGGAAGGUGAUGGUGGCAGCCAUGAAGAGUGCCUUUUUGGGGCAGGGGCCUGCAUGUGGCCCCAGUCCCUCCCCUCCUCCCUCCCUCUGGGCGAGAGGCACUGACUUGGACCUAAAGAUGGAGAAGGUCCCUGGCCUGCCUCGGAGCCUCGUCCUGUGCCUGUUUAAGCUGGCCCCGAGGAAGGUGUCCGUCCUGUGGCCCCCUGCCCUGAUUCUCCUGGGAGAAGUUUUUACUGGUGUAUAUUUUUUACUGAAAAUGAGCCUUUUAGGAAUGAAUGUAGACUGGUUUGUAUUAAAACUUGUAAACUGCAUUAGAAAAACCUGUGGGCAGUCCAUGAGGCAGCCACCAUGGGGUCUGCCCAUCCCAGGUGGUAGCCAGUGAGGCAGCCCAGGCCAGGACGGGAGGGCCCAGCCCUUCCUCCUUCCACAUUGGUGGGUACCUGCAGGUGCGGCUCAGCAAGACCCCCGGCUCAGGCGCCCAUGGCACAGAUGCGAACACACAGCCCAGUCAUGUGGAAUGACACUUUCAUUGAUGUUAGUUGGGGAGAGGUUAAUGGUUACAGAGCCUCGGGCCGGGACAAGGGGGUCAGGCGUCCAGCCCAGGUGGGCAGUGGGCGCUUCUGCUGCAUCUGAGUCCCUCCAGCUCUGUGUCCUCUCAGGCAGUUAAUAGAUAGAAUAAAUUCCAUUUAAAA